AUGUCAUCCAAUGAAUUAGACAAUACUCAACAACUUGGGGAAAACGAACCUAUUGAAGAAUUCAUUUCUACCGAUGAGGUUGCGCAAGAGGUUAUUCCAACAAAUGAUGACGAACAACCUGAUGACAAUGAUGAUGACAUGCAAGAUGAUAUUCCUAUGGACGAAGAUCCAACGAUAGAAAUCGAUAUGUCUAAUAACUCUGUAACAUAUUUCGAUAAACACACCGAUUCUGUAUUCACGUUAGCCCAUCAUCCAAAUUUACCAUUAGUUGUCUCUGGUGGUGCUGAUAACGUUGCAAAUCUAUGGACCUCACAUUCUCAUCCUCCUAAAAUGGCUGGUACCAUCACAACUCAUACUGAAUCUGUCAUUUGUUCUAGUUUUACAGCAGAUGGUAAAUUCUUGAUUACAGCAGAUAUGAACGGUAAAAUCUUGGUUCAUGCAGGUUUGAAAGGUGGUUCUCAAUGGAAAUUAGUAGCCGAAUUAGCAGAAGUUGAAGAAGUUGUAUGGCUAAAGGCUCAUCCAAAGGUCCCAUCCAUCUUUGCAUUCGGUGCUAUUGAUGGUUCUGUUUGGUGUUACCAAAUUAGCGAACAAGAUGGUUCAUUAGAUCAACUAAUGAGUGGGUUCGUUCACACUCAAGAUUGUACAAUGGGUGAAUUCAUAAAUCUAGAUAAAGGUGAAGAAGCUGUAGAAUUGGUUACUUGCUCCGCGGAUAGUUCAGUAGUAGGAUGGAAUUGUUACACUGGUCAACAAUUAUUCAAAUUAACUCAAGCUGAAAUUAAAGGUUUAGAAGCGCCAUGGGUUUCCCUAGCCGUCGCCCCAUCUAGUCUAACAAAUGGUAAUUUUGGUAUUGUUGCUGCAGGCUCUAAUAAUGGUGUCCUAGCAAUAAUUAAUGCCAACAACAACGGUGUUGUUUUACAUUUAGAAACCGUUGUAGAAUUAAAGGAUGAUCAAGAAGAACUAGAUGCUUCUAUUGAAUCGAUUUGCUGGUCUCCAAAGUACCCACUAAUGGCUGUUGGUCUUGUUGGUGGUCAAAUACUUCUAUAUGAUACAAACUCAUGGAGAGUAAGACGUAGAUUUGUUCUAGAAGAUUCAAUUACCAAGUUAAUUUUUGAUAACGAUGACAUUUUUGCAUCUUGUAUAAAUGGGAAGGUGUACCAAUAUGACGCAAAGACAGGUAAUGAGAAAUUCAUAUGUGUCGGUCACAAUAUGGGUGUUUUAGACUUUAUUAUUGUGCAUCCAAAGGAUAAUUCACAAUUGAGAAGGGUUAUUACUGCAGGUGAUGAAGGUGUUUCACUGGUAUUUGAAGUUCCAAAUUAG